ACCGUUGUUUUUAAAGGCAGAGAGAUAUUUGUUCGAGAUAUUUUAUAUGUAUGAACUACGUGACAUUUUAAACAGUUGGUUUUUUUUAAUUUCAUGUCAGUUUCAUCAUCCUUUUUAUGUUGGCUGAACGCGUACAAUAGAGAGGUUUAAAAACGCAACUGUUAUCUGUGUAAGUUUUAAUGAGGAUUAAAUGUUGAGGACGGAAAAUUCCGACCAAUAAGAUGACCAUGAAGCAAUCACUCGGACAAGUGGCAUUUUUACUAUCGUAUUUGAUGGUGUACGUCAUAUCUUUAGACGACGCACAACGGGAAGGCUUUGUCGAGUAUCCAACGUCCGUAUCAAACAUUUUGUCUCUUAUGGCGAAUUAUGGAUUGCAAAAAAAGAAUGCUAUGAAUAGAGAAAAAGCAAAUCAGUAUCUUGUUGCUACAAUGUUAACCGCUGACGAACUAGAUGAGGCUAGACAUUGGAAAAUGGAUAAAUUACUAUUAUUGGAAAAUGGUAGGCUCAAAUUAUAUUUGAAUGAAAAAGUAACUGACCCAAUCAAAACGGAAAAGAAAGGCGAGCAAAGGCAUGGUGAAAUAUCAUUUAUUUAUUUUGAAGUUACAGACUCUGUGGACGAACUAAAAAAAAGACUUCCUAUUAAAAGCAACAAACGCAUACCCGGAGACCCUUAUCUGAUUCUCUACUCGUAUUACAUACCAUGUGCGUGCAUUCCUACCUGUAAUUUUAACUGUGCAGAAGAGCUUGGUAAAUUCGCUCGUCUUCAUAGCAAAGACAUGUUUACAAUCGUCGGAUAUUCGGCCGUCUAUAAACGUACGGACAAUAAGAAUGCUGAAGUCUUUAUGAAGGAAGGUGGCAUAUCAAUGUUCCAAGAUCUAACUGAAAAGAACGAGCGUUUCGAUGCAGUCAAUGUUAUUACAAAUACGAAUGGCAAACCAAUGAAUGGGACGUUUCAAGAACUUCUCCAACAAUGUCUCAUUGGAGAUCCUGUGUCAAGCUGCAUACCAGUCGAAACGAGAGAGCGCAUUGUGACAGCUUUUAUAAAUUAUAUCAUGCUUCCUUGGUUUAAUGCCUCUAUGUACUUCGGUAAAUUGAGCAGAAUGUCUAAAAAAGAUUUGCUAAAAUCUUUGGAAACAAAAUUAACGCAUUCUAUAAGGAAGGUUUCGUGUGACAAAAUGCGCCGUACUCCAAAGAAAUGCAGAUUCUUGAUAAAAGACUGUGUCGAAUCAGCACUAGAUCAAACUCAUAGCCUUGCCUACCCGACAUUUGGCGCUAUACGCCAUGACAAGCCCAUAGAAGAUACUGUUUAUUGGCGCAACGCCGAAGCCUUAAGCCGCGGCUUUUAUUUUGUCAAUGACUUUGUUGAAGUUCCAGACUGUGAUAACAAGCUUCAUUCAAUUACAAGUCUUUGUAUAAGUGAAGCAGAAACGAAUUGCGAGAACGGUUAUAAUACAUUACCAGAUAGGACUGGCCGUGAGUUUAAUAAUGAAGAACAAAAUAGGCUUAGAGGGGCAUCAGGAGGUGCGAGCAGGCUCAGCGGACUAGUUAGAAACAUCCAAAGUGGAAUGAGGCGAAUAAGGAUAUGUUUGCGUCGAUGCUUUUGUCUCUAAUUCAUUGUAAUUGUGCCUCUAAACCAGGGUUUGUGGUGUUGUUGUUUGUUGUUGUUUUUUCGACUUCUCGGCUUGUCCCUGUAGUUUUCAUUAUAUUAUUAUAAUAACAUUGUUAAAUGUCGAGAUUGAAUAGAAUUUUGUCAUGCAUAUUCUUUCAUGAUAAGCUAUUGUUUCAUUCGAUUUGUUAUUCACGUUUGUUUUAUAAAGUGGCAUAUUUCAAGUAUUAUUGCAUAUUUAAUUUUUAAGUAAGCUUAAGAGAGUGACAUUUAGUAAAGGCGUUUAACAUGCGAGCCCCCUGCCCAAUACUCAACAACGGCUCUUUACUCGGACCGGGAAUUGUGGGACCCUCUUUUUUACAAAAUGUAAUGCAUACUAGACUUUGUAAAGAACUGUUUAUUCCGUAUGUCAGAUAUAAGUAUUUAUCCCCCCCCCCCUCGAGGAAUGGGCGCAGGGUGCCCUUUGUCUUUCCGUCAUUCCGCAUUGCAUAAAAGUGAUGUCGUAUUUAGCUUCGUCAGUUUAUACAUACAUGUAAAUUUAUGAAACUUAUUAAGCAUUGAUCAGUAAGGAAGGCUGUGCACGUGAUGUUUUAUAGAUAUUACUCUCGGACUUAUAAUACAUAUCGCUCUUAAGAUUAUUAAAAAAAAGUUCAAAACGGUCUUUAAACUUUUACUUAUAACCGGUCAAAAAUGAUGCAUCUCAACACGUUUAACAUCUAAAUUCAUGACUUCUCACAGAAGUAUUGGUCAUUGUUGACUAAACAAAUCAUUUGACCAUCGUUACUAAAUUUACACCUUCUACCCGUACUUGAUAUUAAAAUUGUUUCAUUAAACGUGGCAGAAAAUGUCCUCUUGAUUUAAUACAUUAAUAAUUGUUUGUGUUUUCUUUACAAAAUUGACACAAUAUACAUGUGGUAUAUGGUUUGGUUUCCCCGUAUCUUUUCAAGUACAUUAAUACAAUUAUGAGAAACCAUACCAGGUAGCUUAAUGACUUAAAAGACUUAUUGACUGUCGUUCGUUAUUCUUGCAGUAAAUGUUUUUGUGAUGAAAAACAUUUUUUUUUGCGUUGUAUCUGUUGUUUUUGUUUUGUAGUUUUUAUUUUAUAAAAUGCACACUAUAUGUCAAUCGCAUGUACAGCCUUGCUUUGUUGUUUCUUCCCGGUCUUCUUUAACAAUGUUUCACAAUGUUUCCAUUUCUGCUUAAUGUCAGUUACCUAUAACUGACUUAAAAACGAAGUACUAAUGCCGACAUACUUUUCCGUUUUAUUCUUUUAAACUAACACAGUGGGUGAUUUGUCAAACACGAAAUCCUCGUGCACGUUCUUAUCAAUGCGAUAUGUAUUUAUCAAGUACGCCUCACUUGAAUAUAUAACUGGCCCAUUAGUAAUAUCUGUUCUUAUAUAUGACAAUAUUCAAACCAGAUAUUUUCAUCAUGCAUGUUAUUUACAAACUUAAAUUAUAAUUGUGUACAUGGAUAACUUAAAUUGGUCUAGCUCAUUUUGUAAAUAUUUAACAACAUGUUUUUCUCAUUAUUAAUAGUUACAUUUAUUUUGUAUUCUGAAUUCAUAGUGUAUUCUGUUAAAUAGCAAUGAUAUUUUUAUGCUUAUGCUUAUAAACAUUUGACUUGA